CUUAGAAAAAAGAUGGGAAUGAUUUUUCUAUUGCUGUUAAUCUGCUCUCUCUCCAGAGCACAGCUAGAAACAGAGUCUGUGAAUGAAAUGAUGUCACAUGUAAGACAAACUGAAUUACUGGAGAGCGACACAGGAAGUCUCUCAAACCAACCACCAACAUGUAGCCAGGAAAUCAACAGUGUCCUGAGAGAGAUGACUGGUUCACUGGCUGGACUGAAGGUGCAGGUGGGAUACUUAGAGAGGGACAACGAAGCUAAGACCAGAGAACUGGAGUUGCUAAAGAAUGAGUUGGAAAAGAUAAAGCAACAGUUCCAAGCACAGGUAGAAGAGGUGACCACAGUCAAAGCCUUGGCAAACAGCACUGAACACCAAGUGGAGGUUUUGUGGAAAGAGGGAAAAGAGCAAGUGAUAAAAGUAAGACGUCUUGAGCAGCAGUACCAAGCGAAACGAGUGGCUUUCUCCGCCUCAGUGUUCACUGGAGGAGCUCAAGGAUAUGUCGGACCAUUUAACACAGACACAGUUCUGAUCUUCAGACAUGUUGCUACUAAUACUGGAAAUGCCUACAACCCGCAUACAGGGAUUUUUUCUGCACCCGUCAGAGGAGUCUAUCAUUUUGAGUUCUACCUUCAUGGCCAUGGACAUGCGUCACAUCCCACAGCUGCUACGUUGGUCAAGAAUGGGCAGCAAAUCUUCACUGCCUUUGAAUGGCAAUCUUCCGGUUCUGUUAAUCCUGCUAAUGGAGUGAAUUUACAUUUAGAGUCUGGAGAUGUUGUUUUUGCGCGUCUCUGGAGGAACGCAAGAAUUUAUGACACUGUUAAUCAUCACACAACCUUCAGUGGCCAUCUGCUUUUCCUUUUGUGAGCACAAAACUUUUCUGAUUUUCUUUGCCCAUCAGGUUUCAUUUUUGCGACUCAUAAUCAAACUUUGCAGAAGGUUGCAUUUUUACAUAAUGUUUUGAUGAUGUUCAAAUAAAAAUAUUGGAAUUGGGAUUUGUUGGCUUGACCAGUACAGUACUGGGUUAUACUUAUGAUCAGCUUUACAUCAGCAAGUUCAAGUGUCUGUAAUUUUACUCAUGCAGAAAAGUAAAAUCAAAUCUUUAAAAACAGUGUUUAUUUCAGCUAUCAUUUUCUUUAAAAGCAUUUCAAUGAAUUUCAGCCAUUAUUUUCUUUCAAAGCAUUUAAAUGAUUGCCUAAUUUGGAACAAAAAAGAAACUGUAAUAAAGAAUAAAGAAACGUAACUAUAGAACCAGAAUUACAAUCAAAAGGGAUAUAAGAGAUUUAAUCAUACAAUUUUUAAGCAGAAUUAAGAGUAUUCCUGAAGGCAGCAUUGAUAUUAUGCAGGGACUUUCAUGCUCAGCACACAUUAAAUGUUUAAUCACAUUUUUGCUGUAACUUACAAUAUGCCUUGAUGAGGUCGUUUG